UAAAAAAUAAAAAAAAAAUGGGCAAGAGCCCUAUUGUUAUUGUUAUCUCCGCCGUAUGUGUGGUUGCAUGUGUAGCGGCCGUCACGGUGGGCGUGUCGAAAUUCAGCCACCACGGUAACGACAGUUCUGACAAAAGCGAUAGCGGAGACAAAAAGUCCCUAAAUUCAGGCACAAAAGCCAUCCAAAGCAUUUGUCAACCUGCACGUUACAAACAAGCAUGUGAAAGCACACUAAAAAGUUCAGCAGGAAAUACAAAUGACCCAAAAGAGUUAGUAAAAGCAUCAUUUAAAGUAGCAAAAGAUGAAAUAACAAAAGCAUUAGAAAAAUCAAAUACAAUAAAAGCUGCAAAAGAUGAUCCAAGAGCAGCUGAAGGAUUAGAGAUUUGUAAAGAAGUUAUUGGCUAUGCUAUAAAUGAUCUUGAAAGAACAGUUGAUUCAGUUUCUGGUUUCAAUACUAAUCAUUUAGAUGAGUUUCUAGAAGAUUUAAGGGUUUGGAUUGGUGGGGCCAUUACUUAUCAAGAAGUAUGUUUUGAAGCAUUUGAAAAUUCUACAAGUAAUGUAGGGACAAAAAUGAGAAAUUUUUUUAAUAUGUCUAGGGAGCUUAGUAGUAAUGCAUUGAAUAUUAUAACUGAAGCUAAGUCUAUGCUUCAAUAUCUUGAUAUUCCUGGGCUUGAUUUAUCUUCAUUUUCCGCUGGCGGCAGUGGUGGUGGUGGUGGAGCGGCACAUCGCCGCCUAUUGGGUGAAGGAGGAAAAGGGAUGUGGUUGGCAGGGGAGAUGCCUGCAUGGGUGAGUGACCCUAAGAGGAAAAUGAUGGAGACUCCUGUAGGGCAGCUUAAGGCUGAUGCUGUGGUGGCUCAAGAUGGGUCUGGGCAGUAUAAGACAAUUGGGGAAGCUGUAAAGGCUGUGCCAAUGGGAAAUGCUUCACCUUUUAUAAUAUAUAUUAAGGCUGGUACUUAUAAGGAGUAUGUUACUAUUGUUAAGAAGCAAACUAAUGUUAUUUUGGUUGGGGAUGGGGCUACUAAGACUAUUAUUACUGGGAAUAAGAAUUUUGCUGCUGGUGUUAAUACUUUUAUGACCUCUACUGUUGCGGCAAUCGGAGACGGAUUCAUGGCAAGAGACAUAGGAUUCGAGAACACAGCCGGAGCCGAAGGACACCAAGCAGUAGCCCUAAGAGUAGUCAGUGAUUUUGCCAUCCUAUACAAAUGUGCCUUUACGGGUUACCAAGACACCUUAUAUGCAGUCAGAGGGCGUCAAUUCUACCGAGACUGUACCGUUUCAGGCACAAUAGAUUUCAUAUUUGGGGAUGCACAAGCAGUAUUCCAAAACUGUAAAUUAUUAGUAAGAAAACCAAUGCCUAACCAACAAUGUAUGGUAACUGCACAAGGUAGAACUGAAGAGAAAGGGCCCGGUGGGUUUGUUUUCCAAGGUUGUACUAUUACUGGUGAGCCCAACUACAUGGCUGUUAAGGCCCAAAACCCGGCUUUCUUGGGUAGACCAUGGAAGGAAUAUUCUAGAACUAUUUUUAUGAAUUCUAAUAUUGAUGAUACUAUUGCUCCUGCUGGGUGGACUGAAUGGAGAGGUAAUUUUGCUCUUGAUACUUUGUUUUAUGCUGAGUAUCAAAAUAAGGGUACCGGGUCGGAUCUAUCUAAACGGGUUAAGUGGGCGGGUAUUAAGACUUUGAGUCCACAACAGGCUGAUGAGUUUACUCCUGGGAAGUUGUUUGUUACUGCUGAUAAAUGGAUCCCUCAAUCUGGUGUUCCUUAUGCUCCUGGAAUGUUUUCUGGUACUGCGUAGAUUAUUGAACAAAUAUAUUGAAAUAAAAAUAAAAUAAAUGAAUUGAAAAAGUGAAAAAAAAAAUGAAAUUUAAAUAUAUACAAAACCCUAGGGAACUUUG